GCCAUCCUUCAAAUAUCACCAUCGGUUCCUCUGCGGUUGGCCUGUCACUUUGGGCAUCGCCCUGUCAAUCGCUGUCAAAAAUUUCUUUUUUUCCUCCAUCGUCCCCUCCCUUGCCUAUCACGGGUUCAUUUGACCCCUCAGGCAUUACCCUUAUUGUCUAGUCUUUUUCUGGCCUGGUGCCUGAACGGCUUUUCUCCCAAUCCCCCGGCUGGGUUUUCUUUCUCUUGGUUUGACUAUCCAUCAAGCCUUUUCGUACUUUAUCGCGAGCGAUCGCAGAACCUUCUACGGCGCUUCGUCGCAGGCCUUGCGUGUUCUGAACCCCACAUUUUCUCGGUCGGAGAUAGUGCUUUGCAGCUCAUCUGCCUGCAAGGGUGCAAGAUGGGUCCCGCUGCGCGUUACCGGCCCAUUUCUCCCAGCGGCUCGCGUGUGAUCGAUCCUAUGCGGGCCUCCACCGGCACUGUGCAACUCAGUGCCUCCUACGACCCAUACAAUCUCUCCACGAGUCGGCCGGCAUAUCCCACCUACCAUCCCGAUGUUAACUAUGCCUCCUCCUACGACCCACGGCUGGUCCGGGAACCACGACUGGAAGCGCAACAAAUUUCUUCCACGACCUAUCGAGAUCCUGGCCAAUCGACCAAGCUACGGACCGAGUACGCCAUCCGCCCGCGAGUGCGGAGCAGCACCAUGUCCGCUGUGGAUCCUCGUUAUGCCUCCGGCCGUUAUGAUACCCCCGCAUCGCCCUUGUCCAGAGCGUCGCCCGUGAUUGUCUCGGGCCACCAGCGAACCCCCAGCCCGCGUCGGGACCACGAGCGCUAUGUUGUACCUGCAUCCUCCUCGCACCGACACCAUCGGCGACACCACCUCUCCCACACGGAUUACGCCAGUGAUACUGGGCGAUUAGACCCCAAUGAUCGGGCGUCGCGGGCACGGAUACUGCAUGGGGGAUACCCGGCGUAUGAGCACAGCCCUCGUUUGCGGUAUCCUCCCACCGGUGGUCUUCGGAAGGGCGAGGAUAUCGAUGACUAUGAUGCGUACUCCUAUACCAACGCGUCAGAGCAGUUCGAGAAGGAUUCAGUAGCCAGGUUGCGCUAUGGACGGGGCGGCGCCUAUCCCAGAGACAGACCACUCAGUUUGACCGGCCUUGAUGACCCUCACUUGUUGCCGCGAAAGGAGUCCCGACCAUUGGGACCUCCGCCGUCGCAGAGGGGGUUUGAUAAACUGGACCAAGGGGGGCGCGUGCGGCGCUCGACCCACGGCUCCGCUGACAGCGACCUAGAUCUUGCGAGUGCCCGGCGGCGAUCAUGGCAGAGAGCUCCCGUGUCCCUCCAUCAAGAUAUCGAUGAAGGCUAUUCAUCCUAUCGGGAUGACCACGAUCAUGGUCACCAUCGCCAGCAUCGCCCCCGGCGGCACGAUGAUGACGUGAGUAGCCGAUACUCCUACGAUGAUCGUGCUUCAAGAUCUUCUACCGCCCACCGUGCCACAGCUUCACCCAGCACCGGGCUGGGGACCGCAGGUCUCGCCAGCGGCUACUCUGAUAACCUGGACUAUGACCUCUCCCCGCGGCCGGACCGCCAUCGCUCCCGGGAUCGGGGGACUCGUGACCAUGAGUACCGAAAGCAUCGCAGUCGGUCGCGGAGACACUCCAGACGACGCGCAGGAAGCGAUUCGGAUUGGCAUAGCUCGGAUGAGGAUUUGAAGAAAUACCGACGCGAACCGUCGGCGCACCGGAUGCCUGCUGGCUCCGAUGGAUCCGCCAGCGGCAGCGACCGGCCGUCUCGGUACCUGACCAUCGACCAGGCCCAUCGCCAUCGGUCCCGGUCCCGGCAUCCGACGGAGGAUGCACCUCGCCCCAAGGAGGCGAGUCAACCAGAGGUCGGUCGCCCGGACGAGGUCAAAAAGCCGGAGCCGGCCACGUCCAAAGAGCAGGAACCACCGGUGCCUAAAGGGAUCCUGAAGCCUCCUCGUGAGAAGUUCCCCGAGGAGCCCAAUCCGGUUCGAGAAGGCGUGGCGCCAUUGAAGGACGCGCACAAGAAGGGGAUUCCUCCUGGAGCGAGAUGGACCAAGAUUGACCGACGGCUGGUGAAUCCCGCGGCCUUGGAUGCCGGUCGUGAGCGGUUUGAGGAGCGCGCUGACUACGUGAUCGUGUUGCGGGUCUUGACCAAGGAAGAAAUCCAAGCGUAUGCGGUCAAGACUCAGGAGAUCAGAGGUAUGUAGGCCCAAUGAACCGACGGAUCACAAGUAUACUAACGAACAUCUAGAUGCCCGCUACCAAGAACUGGUCAAGGAGCGCCGUCGACGUCGGGAUGAGGACCGUCGCCGCGGGCGUGCGGUGGACACCUCCAGCGACGAUGAAGACGAUGACGACGAGGACCGGUC